UGACUGAAGGAUUGUCAUGUGGCAGAAGUAGACCUUGUUUUGUGUUUUCCUGGAGAGUGUUAUCCAGACCAAGCCAAGGCACUGAUGUUUGAACUGGAAACUUUAAAACUUUUAAAAGAACCUUCAGGAUGGCUUUGAACUAGACAACCUAGAAAUCCAUUCGGAACAUCGCCUCCAGCAUGCACCUUCCCUUUGGGUUUUCUUGAAUAGGAGCUUGAAGAGGUUAUUCUGUAGACAGACAUACUGACGCUCAUGGAACCAGACUAGUGGCUUUGAUUUUUCUGAUAGAAUUAUCUUACUUUAUUAUAUUCCUUGUCAGAGUUCUAAGAGGUGUAGAGAUAUUCAUGGAACUGAAAAGCCUGCAAGGAAGGGAAGUAGCACUUUCAUGCUGAAACCUAAGCAAGUGGCAGUUGUGGUUGAAAGCACUUAAACCUACCAUGUUCAGAUUCACUUGAUUGGGCAGACAGAGGAACGGUCACAGCUGGGGAGAAAGAAUUGAGACUGGAAAAGAAAACCCAACGGAAGAGAAUGAGGGUGACUGGAAAGUAAAUGGCCACCUCCACCUCCACAGAGACAAAGCCAGCCUCUUGGUGGAAUUAUUUUUUCCUUUAUGAUGGUUCCAAGGUAAAGGAAGAAGGAGAUCCAACAAGAGCUGGCAUUUGUUAUUUUUACCCUUCUCAGACCCUGCUUGACCAACAGGAGUUGCUCUGUGGACAGAUUGCUGGAGUUGUCUGCUGUGUUUCUGACAUUUCUGGCUCUCCUCCCACUCUCAUUCGUCUGAGGAAACUGAAGUUUGCUGUAAAGGUUGAUGGAGAUUACCUUUGGGUGCUGGGCUGUGCUGUGGAGCUCCCUGAUGUCAGUUGCAAGCGGUUUCUGGAUCAGCUAAUUGGAUUCUUUAAUUUUUACAAUGGACCUGUUUCUCUGGCUUAUAAGAACUGUUCUCAGGAAGAACUGAGCAGGGAAUGGGACACCUUCAUCGAACAAAUUCUGGAAAACACCAGUGACCUGCAUAAGAUAUUCAAUUCCCUCUGGAACUUGGACCGAACAAAAGUGGAGCCCCUCUUGUUGCUGAAGGCAGCCCUCAUUCUGCAGACCUGCCAGCGCUCGCCUCACAUUCUUGCUGGUUGCAUCCUCUAUAAAGGACUGAUUGUCAGCACCCAGCUGCCACCCUCCCUCACCGCCAAGGUCCUGCUUCACCGCACUGCACGUGAGGACCAGAGGCUACCCACAGGAGAAGGUGCCCCGCAGGAAAGUGGAGCAGCAUUUCCCCCAAAUGUCCAGGUCAUCACUGUUUUCCUGACCAAAGAGGAAGCCGUCAGCCUCCGUGAGUUCCCAGCAGAGGGGAUGACUAGCUCUCCUACAUCUCCAGCCAGACUCCAAGACAGCUCGGCCCAGUGCCCUUCAAAGGGUAGGAACACAUUUGCCCUAGAAGGAAACGCUGCUGGGCGUGUGGAAUCCAUGGCCUGGGUGUUGGCGACUACCUCGAAACCCACGUCCCCUGACCAAGCUUGGCCAGAUGGCAAAGGUGAGAGCAGACACUUGUCUGACCAUGCUCUGGAGAGCGUUGGGCCCACAGGACUGUACAGCACUGCCAGGGCCUGGGAUCCUCGCCUCAGCUGCCUCCCAGUGAAGGAACCGAGCUUUCCCCAAGGGGAACUGGACUUGUCUGAAAUCCACAUUCCAGAAGCUCGGGAAGUGGGAACAUACUCAGGGCAUUUUGACUUCCCGCAUGUGUGUGCUCCAGCUGGUGGAGGUCCUUGCCACAAGGAAUCUGUCAGUGACUCCAGCAACCCGGAACCCAUGUCACCUGAGGACAUAGCCGUCAGCAGUCUGCUCUCUCUCACCUCUCCUGAGAUGCUCACCCAGAACGGAGGCCUGGAAGAGCGUGAAGACCUUUUUGACAACAGCAGCCAUGUCCCUGUCCCCAGAGGAGACCCAUUCCCCAAAGGGACCAGGAGGCCCUUGUCAUUGCCUCCCUUGGAUCCAGAGCAGAGAGGACGUAAGCUUCCUGUAGGAGAACAAGAUGUGGAUCUGUGUGUUGGUGGGGACCAUGAGAGCCAUGCGGCCCCUGGUCUGGAAUGCAGUUCAGGCUUGGCAGGCUGCCGGGGCACUGGCCCCUCUGCAGACAGAAUUGAGUCCACAUUGACCCCUGCAGGAUCCCACGUGGAACUCGUGCGGAUGAGCCUCUACACUCACAGUGUUAAGGGCCUGGUGCUGUCCCUGCUGGCUGAGGAGCCACUGCUGGGCAACGGUGCAGCCAUAGAGGAGGUGUACCACAGCAGCCUGGCAUCCCUGAAUGGGCUGGAAGUCCACCUGAAAGAGACAAUUCCCAAAGAUGAGGCUGCCCCCACGAGCAGCACGUACAACUUCACGCAUUAUGACCGAAUCCAGAGCAUGCUGAUGGCGAAUCUGCCACAGGUGGCCACCCCCCAGGACCGCCGCUUCCUCCAGGCCGUCAGCCUGAUGCAUUCCGACUUUGCCCAGCUGCCUGCGCUGUACGAAAUGACGGUCAGAAAUGCCUCCACAGCUGUGUACGCCUGUUGCAACCCUGUCCAGGAAACUUACUUCCAGCAGCUGGCGUCCGCAGCACGGAGCUCUGGCUUCCCGAGUCCUCAGGACGGUGCCUUCAGCCUCUCAGGCAAAGCCAAGCAGAAGCUGCUGAAGCAUGGGGUGAACUUACUCUGAACUGUAGUGCGAAGUUCAUUACCCCAGGAGAUGACUGUGCAAGAGAAUACCAGCAAAGGAAGCUCUGCCUUUUUAAAUAGAAAAGGUCCCUCUAUUUUAUUUUUCUUGGAACAGUCCCUUUUUAGAAACGUAAUGAUAUUUGGGUUUGUGUUACUCUUUUUGCAGAUUGGGAUGUGUGUGUGGUGGUGGUGGGGGAGUAGUUCUUCAAGUCAGCAGACAUAGAGCGCUUGAUAAAGAACUUUAUUAUGUUGACAGUAUUGGGUCCAGGCUGGGAGCCUGGCGCCUUAUACCAAAGACGUACAGGGUCAGUUAGUUUCCCUGUCAUAUUGAGCCUGAGAUAUUCGACAUUUCCUGCUGCUCUUCCAUCCCAGCCUGGACCGGUGCCACAACAUUUCAGGUUGGCAUUUCUUCUAGAAUUUGGUCGUCCCUAGUCUGGAGUGUUUGUUCCAGCCCGUGACCAGGUGGGCGCUAUGAGGUGUGAAGUCAGGGAGGAGGUGGAUCUCUUGGCGAGCAGCCCCACUCCCAGUUCCCAGGUUUUCUUCCUCAUCUGUCCUCCUGGGGGUCUGAAUACUUCAUGCAGAGAAGCAGGCAGCAUGCUGAGACCACCUGGUUUGAAUUCUCCUGGAACUAUUUCCAAAUCCAGGAGCCAGUUCUUGGGAAUACCUGCAGUGGGGGGCAAGUCUUGCUAAUGCAGAAGGGAUUUUGGGCUUUAGAGAUCACUUUGUAAAAGCUCUGGGGGGCCGAGACCGAAGGAUUUGGUGACAACAGAAACAAACUGUGCUGCCUUUGGUUAGGAGUGGGCUGUACAGCUGGUUCCACUUGAGUGAGUGUCCCCAAAUAGGAGUUUCCAAGAGGUUCUGGGGUAAAAGCCAAACUGCGCUUUUCAGUAGAGGCUGUGGAAGGGAACGGCAUUCAUUUGUGUGUUUCUGGGACGGUGUGGUAAUAAAACAUCAGUUCUAUUACGUUAUAUUCAGACAUUUUAUGAUACUAUGUUGCAGAUCACAGAUGAAAACAUUUAUCAAAAACUUAGCCUAGUGUUUACUGGAAGUACCUGAGACUCCAUAUGAAAAUUGCAAUGUUAAUAAUUUCAUGUCAGUGAACAAAUAUCUAAUGUUUGUGGCAUGGUAUCUUUUUCUUGAAACAAGUUUCCAAGGGCUAAAUAUAAAAUAGCCAAAAAUACUAUUGAGGUCUGGAGUAAUUAAAUAGUAAUAUUUUUAGUGACAAAGUUAAGGUAAGGGUUAAGUACCUUUGUAUGUGCAUGUGUGUGUGUACAAGUGAGUGUAUGCAUACAUGUAUUUUUUUUACGUCAACACAUUUCUCUUUUCCUUCCUGGAUUCUGUGUGGCCGGGUGAGGAGCCGUGCACUUCACAUUGGUCUGUCUGCAAGGGUGAUGGGCUGUAGCCCCCUGCUCCAGUGAGCACCACCUUCAGUGUGGCUGGUCCAGUACACCAGGCCCAUGUCACCCUCUUCUCUCACCUGUCCUGGGGUCCUUCCUUCCACUGGCUGGCCAAAGAGGGAGACCUUUCCAGAUGGAGGAGGAUCCUACCUCAAACUAGGAUAAAUGUGUAUUGUCCUACUCCUCUGCUAAAUUCUCCAAGAAAAAAUUCAUUAGAAGUUUCUGUGCCAACCUCUUAAGGAACCUUCCCAUGGCGAAUGUAUGCACAACACAUUCCUUUUCUGUUGGGGGGCUUUUUUUAUUUUUGCUGGCCAGUUCAGGGCUUGAACCCUGGACCUUGGUGUUAUUAGCACCACAUUCUAACCAACUGAGCCAACUGGCCACCUCCAGGGCAUUUUUAAGCAGCCAGACUUUUCCUUUUGCUAAAUGAUGCUCCAGAAUUUUGAAGUCCCCAGUCUUGAGAUUGGUGAAAUGACAAUCUGUUUUGUGUUGAAACAUGGACAGAACUUGGGGUCCAGAUCCUAUUUUCAUCUGCCCACUCGUGGCUAAACUAACUGCCUGUGUUUGGAGGACAUUUUUCCAAAUAAGAUCUGUUUCACAAGAAAAUCUCUCAGCUAUCCCUGGGCCCUUUCCUGGAUAUUGAGCCAUUGGCAGAUCUUAAUCUUAUUCUCUUUGUUUUCAGAAACCUCUCUUCACAUCUAAUUUCACAGGGCUGCCUUUGAGCCUAAAAAUCCUUUGAAUACAAAAUGCUCCUGUUUCUAAGAAUCAGUACUCUGGGCAGCCAUAUGCUUCCCCUUUAAAGCAUAAUCCAAAAUUGAGUCUUUACAACCAAAUCAAGAGCAUGAGAUAAUCACAGCAGAAUGUGAAGACCAUAAAUUUUUUUGCUACAAAUUAGGAACCUAAGUCCCCUCCCUUGAAUGUGGACUGUAUUUAGUGAUUUGUUUCUAAUGAAUAGAAUGUGGUAAAAAUGACAGAAAUAUGACUUUUGAGGGUAGGUUAUAAAACAUUCAAGUUUCCAUCUCUCUCUUGGUUUACUCAAUUUGGGGGCUGGCUGCCACAUCAUGAAGACAUUCAAGCCAUUCUAUGAUGAGGCCCUUGUGGUGAGGAACUGUGGCUUCCAGCCAGCAGCCAUGUGAACAUUCUUGGAAACAGAUCCUCCAGCCCCAGUCAAGCCUCCAGAUGAGACUGAAGCACCAGCUGACAUCCUGACUGCAACUGCAUGAGAAACUGAACCAGAUCCACCAAUCUAAGCCACUGCUGAAUUUCCUAACCCUCAGAAAGUAUGUGAGAUAAUAAAUGUAUGUUUUUUAAGCCA